AAUCAAUUUGUUUGUCUGUAUAUUCGCGCGGAAAAACCGUUUUAUUUGAAAAUGGUUGUUGCUCCUAUCCUAUUACUAACUCACUUAAGAUUUAUUUGACUCAUUAAAUUGCAUAGCUCCUAAAACUCGCUAUUUCUUCAACAUCACUCACACUAUCUUUCACAUGAUGCAUGACGCCAAUGGUCGGAUGAAUUUCAUGGAUUCAUCACACACUGCAACAGGGAAGGAAACAGAAGGUUUUGCAGAAAUGAAUCCAAACUCGUUUCCAGUUUACGAUUGUAGUUUUACUUCAAUGUUUUUCAACGACGCACAAGAUCCGCAAUCGAUUGAUGCAUGUCUACCGGUUUCUACUACUGUUAACAACUUUGGUUCUGGGUUGGAUCAAUCUGAAUUGAACACUGGUACUGAGUUAGGUGGUGAGUCUUCCAAAGACAUUGUUGCGGUGGAUCCUGAAAGUCCUGAAAACACUACUCAUAGCACUGCUAAACCAACUUCAAAAUACAAAGGGGUUUCAAGGCACAGAUGGAUGGGUAGAUUUGAAGCACAUCUAUGGGAUAACAACUGUAAACAAGAGGGUCGUGUCAGGAAAGGCCGACAAGUGUAUUUGGGUGAGAAGUGUUUCUACUAAAUUCUAUCCUCAAAU